AUGAUUCGCCGUAGCCUAUUACAUCGUUCUGCAGGGAAAUGUGCAGAUGUUUCAGUUAGAAGGAGAUCACUCAUUAAUUUCGAAAACACACAUGGCUUUUUACAUAAAGCUACACGUCGUAUUGAUGAACUAAAUAUUGUUGCCUAUGAGUGGCAGCAUAAACUUACUGGAGCCAUGUACUACCAUAUUGAUACGGAUGAUCGAAACAAUACAUUUUGCAUUGGAUUUCGCACACCAGCUCAAAAUAGCAAAGGAACCACACACGUUUUAGAACAUACUGUAUUAUGUGGUAGUAAGAAGUACCCCGUAAGAGAUCCCUUUACUAUGAUGUUACGACGAUCUUUAAGUAAUUUUAUGAAUGCUAUGACUGGUAAUGAUUAUACUUUGUAUCCCUUUGCAACAACAAAUACGCAGGAUUUUUGUAACUUACUUGAUGUUUAUCUUGAUGCCGUCUUUCAUCCAUUGUUGCGUGAAGAAGACUUUAAACAAGAAGGACAUCGUGUAGAGAUUGAAACAGAUCCGGUGAUGGGGAAACGAUUGGUGUUUAAUGGGGUUGUAUUCAAUGAAAUGCGUGGGGUGGUGUCAGAGCCAUCACAGCACUAUGCACAUUCACUAAUGAAAGUAAUGCUUCCCGGAACACACUAUGAACAUAUUUCAGGAGGAUUUCCACCAGAUGUGUUGAAACUCACAUAUGAAGAACUUGUGGCCUUUCACAAGAAACACUAUCACCCCAGCAAUAGCGUCACCUUUACAUAUGGUGAGCAACACCCAGAUAAAUGGAUGAAAAUUCUUAAUGAGUAUUUUUCUUCCUUUUCUCGAGGUGAAGCUGUCACAGUCCCUUUUCUCUUACCUGAAAAUCGUUUUAAAGAACUUAAGAAGUUUUCAUUGGAAGGUCCAUUAAAUCCUAUGGGAAAUCCACAGCGCCAAAAGCGUGUCUCGGUUUCAUUUGGAGUUCAACAAGAAGAUAAUAUGUUAGAAGAUAUGGUUGAAUUAAGUGUAUUGGAUUCAUUACUUUCAAGUGGUCCAAGUUCACCGCUGUAUAAGGCGCUUAUUGAAUCACAGAUUGGUAGUCGUUAUGCCCCAAUGCGAGGAUACUCAAGUUUUCUUUCCUCACCCUUUAUCUCAUAUGGUGUAGAGGGUGUAGAUGAGAAUCGUCCCAAUGCAGAGGAUGAAGUAUUGAAUGCUGUUAUCUCAACCCUACAAAAUGUGGAAAAAGAAGGUUUUGAUCAGCGAAGAGUGAAAUCUGUUAUUUUUCAGGAGGAAUUACAACAACGUCAUCGCGCUGCUGAGUAUGGAGUGAAUUUGUGCGCCGGUCUAUGUAUGAUGGGGUUAUGUCGUGCACGAAACAAUCCUCUUGAUUUCAUUGACUGGCUCCCACAUUUAAGAAGAUUGGGAGAGCAACAAGCAAAGACACUUCUUCCACGUAUUUCCAAAAAUCUUACCAAUAAUCCUCACAGAGCACUAGUGUCUGUAUCUGCAAAGAAAGAAUUUCUGGAUUCUAUGCGUGACACAUUAACUCAAAUGGAAGAGAAAUUGAAUAAAGAUGUUUCUGAUACCAAAAAAGAAGAAAUCGAAACAGAAACAACAAAAUGGUUGGAACGUAUUCGGGCACCCCAAAAUGAUGAUAUUCUUCCCACAUUAACUAUCAAAGAUAUCCCCCGUGAAUCAUUCCAAGAACCUUCCCCAAAGUUAGUGGAAUUAAAGGAUAGUAACUCUUUACAUACGAUUGCUUGUCCAACAAAUGGACUUGUAUAUGUCCAUGGACUUGCACCGUUCCACACAUCAUUAAUCACAUCUAUUUUAGAUUGUGUACGAGAAUCUUUGAUAGAUGUUCCUUUGUGGAAUUCACUUUUGGGAAAUUUGGGUGCAGGUCAAUAUUCAUACAAGGAACUUUCUAUUGCGACUGAUUUGGUUUGUGGGGGUUUUACCUUUUCCCCACAACUUAACCAGUCGUAUCGUCAAAGUUCAGAUUAUAUCGUUGGUACAUCCUAUGGUUUCUUUACAACUAAAGAAAAGUUACGGGAAGCAUUGAACCUCCUUAAAGUAACUCUUCUUGAACCACAAACUUCACCUGAGAAUGACGAGGUCCGUUCUCGUGCACUUUCUCUUGUAAAGGCACGUUGUUCUGGAGUUAUUCAGCGAAUACAACGUAACGGUAACAGAGUCGCCACGACUCUUGCAGUUUCACAUUUAACUCCAUGUGGUGCUGUAAAGGAAGAGUGGACUGGUCUGGCACAAUCAACACAUGCUUCUCUUAUACUUGAGAAACUACAGAGUGCUGAAGAAGCAGUUGUACGUGAAGCCAUUACUGGAAUAUUGAAAUCCCAUGAGAUAUUUGCCAAAUCAUUGGCAUCAAACAUUCGUCGUGGUAUCCUUUGGGCUACUUGUGAAGAAGGACAUCGUACGGAAGUGGAAACCAUGUUAACAGAAUUUCUACGUGACUUUCCAGAUGUAAGUUCUACUACAGAGACUCCUUCAACACGUCUCUCAUUUUCAUCCACAAAACGAACUCCUGGUUUGUCGCAACUCCGAAAGGAGUUACCCAUUGAUACUUCCUACGCUGGUAUUGCUAUUGCAAACAAUUUAGACUGGGUUCAUCCACACCAGGCUCCUCUUCGUGUGGCAUGUCAACUGCUCAGCAAUGAGUAUUUGCAUCGCCGUAUACGUGAGGAGGGAGGAGCGUAUGGAUCAGGGGCAUCCGCCACUCUUAAUGGGGAAGUUGGCGGUAUAACAAUGUCGAGCUACCGAGAUCCCACACCGGAGCAAACGGUUUCUGUUUUUAAGGAGGUUUCUGAAUGGCUUAGUGACUCUGGUAAUAUUACGCAGGUAAAGAUUGAUGAGGCGAAGCUUCGUAUGUUUUCCAGCAUUGAUGCACCUUAUUCUGUUGACAGUUAUGGUGAGUCCUACUUUCUUCAUGAUAUACAACCAGAUCAGAAACAGGCGAUGCGGAACGCCAUACUGGCAGUUGAACCCAGAGAUGUUGUUGACAUGGCGCAGUAUUUCAAUGUGAGUGGAGAUGCAGCGGCAGUGGUAGGCAUUUUGUGCCCAGAGGAGAUGAAAAAGGAAUAG